CGUCUUUAUAUUGAUUGAUAUUCGUGUUUUAUUUAUCAAAAAGAAUCAUAAAAGGGUGACAAUAAAUGACGUAGAGACGCUGAAUGUUGCUGCACGCGAGCGUUAGUGUAGCUCAUGAAUAUUCACGAGGCGGAUAGAUACUGGAGCGUGACGUCACGGCUCGGGUCUGAUAUGAUUUCUGGAGUCUGAUGUGGACGAAUAUGAAUGUGAUGUGGAUCGUGUCGAGUGGAUGAUGUGGUUGAUUUCUGACGGAUGAUAAUCGGAUAACUGUGAAUUAAUCAUGUCCAUGAGCCGAUGAUGAGGAUGAUGGAGAAAGAAGAAACUGAAUGGAGAACAGCUGAGAUCUAAGCUGUGAUCUGAGCGCAGGAGGGAAGAUGGUGUAUCUUCUGUCUGUAAAGGGUGUACAGCCCUCUUUCCACUCAUCCCUCGUCUUCUACCCCACCAUCAACCACUCUGACAGAAACGAUUCGUCCACCCCUCCCGCUGCCAUCUUAUGCCGUCUGGAUGGCCCAUCCUCCUCUUCCUCGCAGACCAACGGCUCUCUGACCUCAUACGACCUGAGCCAGGCUGAGGUGACGCUUCUCGGGCUGAUCUUCUGCGUCUUCUGGGUGAUAUCGGUUCUGGGCAAUUCUCUGGUUUGUCUGGUGAUCCAUCGCAGUCGCAGAACACAAUCCACUACCAACUAUUUUGUGGUAUCGAUGGCUUGCGCAGACCUGUUGUUAAGUCUGGCGUGCGCUCCCUUCAUUCUGCUACAGGUGUCUGCGGGUCACUGGCCUUUGACCGUUGCCGCGUGCAAAGCCGUGCGUUACCUGCAGCAUUUGUGCCCCGGUGUUCAAGUCUACGUGCUUCUGUCCAUCUGCGUCGACCGUUUCUACACAAUCGUGUACCCUUUGAGCUUCAAAGUGUCGCGAGAGAAGGCCAAACGGAUGAUUCUGGCAUCUUGGCUCUUCGACGCCGCUUUCGUGUCUCCGUGCCUGUUCAUCUACGGAUCUACGCCGUCUCCGGACCACUGUGACUUUUUCCUGCCCCACUCCUGGGACGGGGUGGCGUACGCGGUGGUUCAUCUGCUCUUCGGGUUCCUGGUGCCGGCUGUUCUCAUCGUGUCUUUCUACCAGAGGGUGGUCCGAUACAUCUGGAGGAUCGGCACGGACGGUCGCACGGUACGCAGAACCAUGAAUAUCGUCCCCAGAACUAAAGUCAAAACCAUCAAGAUGUUCCUGAUGCUCAACGUGAUGUUUCUUCUCAGCUGGAUGCCGUUUUACGUGGCUCAGCUCUGGCAUCCCGCAGCCGUGUCAGGGCCCAGCAGGCAGGGGGCGCUGUUCUUCAUCGCCGUGGUCUGGAUCUCCUUCAGCUCCACGGCUUGCAAGCCCACGCUCUAUUCCGUGUACAACGCUAACUUCAGACGUGGCAUGAGGGAAACUUUCUGCAUGUCCUCCAUGAAGUGUUACCGUAGUAACGCGUACACUAUUACGACAAGCUCGCGAAUAGCUAAAAAGAACUAUGUCGGGGUGGUUGAUAUUCCUGUGCCGGAAAAGACCCUCAUCAAAGACUCGGUAUAUGACACUUUUGACCGAGAAGCAAAGGAGAAGAAAUUAGCCUGGCCUAUCAGCACCAACCCACCAAACACUUUUGUAUAAAGAAUCUCGCACACGGGCUCAUGUUCAUGUUCUGUGUGGGUUUAUGUCAUUAUUACAGAGUUUAAGAUUGUUGACAUGGGAUGAGAAUUAAGUUUCAUUGACGGGAGCGAGUCAGACUAAAGAAAUUCCCAAAACCAUCAAUGCUUUUGUUUGUUCUCUUUGUGAUGUCAGUUCCUGGAGCUUGAAGUCAUCAAGAAACAGGAUUUACUUAAAGGGUUAUCACAGAUGAGUAACAGAAUAAAAAGAGUCAACAAUAUUUAACACUAAACAGAAGAAAACAUCUGAAGGAUGAAUUGCUGAAUGACACUCGCUCGUGUGAAAUGUUCAUUUCAUCAGGAUAUUGCUAAAAAAUGAAAAUCAUUUCCAUAAUUAAUGUUAUAUAAUGUACAUGUACACAGUAUAAUAGAAACAAUCCAAUAUCAUGUGGUGCUAACAGAUGAUGAUGGAGAAUACACAAACAUCCUCAUAAUCCUGAAAGCUCUUGUUUUGUGUUUUUCUGUUUGUUCGUGUUUUUUAAUGGUCUGGUACGUGUUAAUGUAAGACACACACUUGUGUUUUUGUGCCUGUAGUCACCUAUCAGCUGUUUCUCAUUGUUAUCUGUGAUGUUUA